UGUGCCACACAAGAGGGGCGGUGUGCGCCGGCGUGACGCGGCCGUGCUGAGCGGGGCAAGGCCAGAUCGAGGCGGCGACAGAGAUAGCUAGAGGCGGCGGCGCGACCACGGCCCUCCAACCUGACCACCAUGAGCACCAAGCAGGUCACUUGCAGGUAUUUCAUGCAUGGUGUGUGUCGGGAAGGAAACCAGUGCCUCUUCUCACAUGACUUGGCAAACAGCAAGCCAUCUACCAUCUGCAAAUACUAUCAGAAGGGCUAUUGCGCCUAUGGCACUCGUUGCAGAUAUGACCACACAAGGCCCUCUGCUGCAGCUGGUGGUGCUGUGGGCACCGUGCCCCACGGGGUGCCCUCCCCAGGUUUCCACAGUCCUCAGCCCCCUUCCGACCUCACUGCAUCUAUUGUGAAAACUAACUUACAUGAGCCUGGGAAACGUGAAAAGAGAACAUUGGUACUUAGAGACCGAAACCUCUCUGGUAUGGCUGAAGAAAAGGCUUACCCAAGUGUGAUGAGUAAUCCAGGAGGUGGCAGUGAACCCCAGAGCAAUCCAGAUAUGAAGCCACAUUCCUACCUAGAUGCAAUCAGGAGUGGCCUAGAUGACUUAGAAGCUAGCAGCUCUUACAGCAGCGAGGAACAGCUCUGCCCCUAUGCAGCCGCUGGGGAGUGCCGAUUUGGGGACACGUGUAUCUACCUGCAUGGAGAAGUGUGUGAAAUCUGUCGGUUACGAGUCCUGCACCCCUUCGACCCAGAGCAAAGGAAAGCUCAUGAGAAGAUCUGCAUGUCGACCUUCGAACACGAGAUGGAGAAGGCCUUUGCCUUCCAGGCGAGUCAGGACAAAGUGUGCAGCAUCUGUAUGGAAGUGAUUCUCGAGAAGGCGUCCGCCUCUGAGAGGAGAUUCGGCAUCCUCUCCAACUGCAAUCACACGUACUGCUUGUCCUGUAUCCGGCAGUGGAGGUGUGCCAAGCAGUUUGAGAACCCAAUCAUUAAGUCUUGUCCAGAAUGCCGUGUGAUUUCAGAGUUUGUAAUUCCAAGUGUAUAUUGGGUAGAAGAUCAGAAUAAAAAGAACGAGCUGAUUGAAGCUUUCAAACAGGGAAUGGGGAAAAAAGCUUGUAAAUACUUUGAGCAAGGCAAGGGGACCUGCCCGUUUGGAAGCAAAUGUCUUUACCGCCAUGCUUACCCUGAUGGGCGGCUGGCAGAGCCUGAAAAACCUCGGAAGCAGCUCAGUUCUGAAGGCACCGUGAGGUUCUUUAAUUCAGUGCGGCUCUGGGAUUUCAUCGAGAACCGAGAAAGCCAGCACGUCCCCAGCACUGAAGAUGUCGACAUGACGGAGCUUGGGGACCUCUUCAUGCACCUGUCGGGCGUGGAGUCCUCAGAACCCUGAAGAACAGGUUGUCGCCCCCACCUUGUGGGCUCUGCCGGCUGAGCCUGCCCCAGCCAGGUGUGCAGAGCUUCCUUUACUGCAGCACAAGUGACAUGUUGCUUGGAUUUGAAUGGGGUUGUAUUUAACCGUGGUCUCAUGCAUUCUCCAUUAUUACAGCCAUGAGAAGAGUGAAAGAUAUAAAAUAACAAGUAUAUGGAGUCACUACUUUUAUAGCUGAUAUCUUAGUUGCACCUCAAGCUCCUCAGGGGGACCAACUAACCAGCCAGCCUAGACUGUUUUGAUUGCUUGCUUUUAAAACCAACCUGGCUCUUGUCGUUUGAGCUUUUAACUCCCUAGAAAUAGUCAGCUUGCAGUUGUCCCUAAAGCAGAUUUUUUUCUUACCAAAGGAUUCUUCACCCCUAAAAAGAUUCCUCUAUAGUGAAUUUCUCUAGUGUCCUUAACUAGUGUGUGGUCAAAACUUGAUCUGUAUAGGGCUUUUCCAGGAUAAAGUGGGCACUGCACACUUAGCCUAAGAGUCGAUUUAGGACUCUUCAGUGUCCCAGAUCAAAGCAGGAGUCUUGCUAUAUAUUCAGUAAGCAAAGGAAACUGUAAAGCACCUUCCCUGUAAGGGGGGCUUGUGAAGUAGCAGGAAGUACAGGUGGCAAAGCAGAGGUAUGGCCCCCUCGUUUUUGGUUGGUGUCGGGGCCACGAUGCGAGGGAGCCUUGUGCACGUGCCUGCAGGAACAUGUCCCCUGUUCUCCCCUGUGGGCACAGGUGUCAGGGCAGUGGUACCGAGACAUUGGUGCACACGUGCUCUUGUGUUUGGCUCCUGCCCGAGCCAGCUAGUAUUACCUGUAAAGCCUGGCUUUGAUUUGAAAUUUUGUAAACAUUUAAUGGACCCUGCAGUGGUCCUGAAGAGAACUGAGUAUGAGUCCUCUGUCAUCAGUUGGGAUUUUAAUUGAAGGAGCAUAAUCUUGUGAAUCAGAACUCACUAAGCCUGAAUUAUCUAUUUUUAUAAACAGCUAUAGAUACCAAAUAUUUUGUAAAAUGCAUUAAAGUGUGGGUAGAAAAAGGUCUAUUCUUACCUGAGUUCUGAGUUUAGAGUGCUUUUUGCAUAAUUUUUAUUGUCUUUAGUGGAAGGUGACAAAG